GGAAGCUCUGGUGGAGUUUAUGGGGGGUAUAUAUGUCGACAUGGGGAGACAGCAUUUUGCGGGGUCGAUGUUCGGCUUUGCUAUCGUGUUGAAUUUUUAUCAUUCUUCACCUACUAAUUCAAAAUAUCAACCAAAAUGACGAACGCAAGUAGCGAGAGAGCAGACGAAAAGGACUGGGGAGACGAGAAAAUCGAAGAUGUCGGCCAGCCGGCGCUCAAUAAUAUCGACUACGAUGAAGAGUACACCUACCAGGAACAGCGCAAGAUAAUUCAUCGCAUCGAUCGACGACUGGUCACGAUGACCGGACUCUCAUAUUGUAUCUCGUUGAUGGACCGGACGAACUUGAGUAUGGCAGCUGUGGCUGGCAUGACAAAAGAUCUGGCGCUGGAUGUCGGAUAUCGAUAUUCUCUCGUGGUUCUUAUGUUCUUCGUCCCCUAUAUCAUAUUUCAGCCUCCGAUGACCGUGAUAACGAGGAAGUUGGGUCCUACCUACUUCUUGGGAAGCAUCAUCGUCGCAUGGGCUGCGAUUAUGGUCGGAAUGGGUUUCACGAAGAAUUGGAAGGACAUGCUUGUCUGUCGUAUACUCCUCGGUCUCCUGGAAGCAGGCUAUUUUCCCGGUUGCGUGUACCUUCUGUCCAGUUGGUACGUCCGAUACGAUGUUCAAAAACGCUUUUCUAUAUUCUACCUGAUCGGCUGCGUAGCAUCAGCACUGUCUGGUAUUCUCGCCUUCGGACUGAUGCAAGCCGAUGGUCGCGAAGGGUUGGAAGGUUGGCGUUGGAUCUUCGUCUUGGAAGGAGUGAUCACCGGCGUGAUAGGCAUCCUUGCAUUGGUCUUUCUAGUCGACUUCCCAGACAGAGCACAUAAAUCAUGGAGAUUCUUGACUGAGAAAGAAUGUGCCUUCAUUGUCCGACGUAUCAAUCGGGACCGCUCCGAUGGUGAUUCUGAGCCAUUCAGUCUAAAGCGGUUCUUGAAGCCUGCUCUGGACUUGAAGAUUUGGGGAUUCGCGAUGAUUUUCCUUUGUGUCACUGCCGUCACUUAUGCCAUCGCGUACUUCCUCCCAAUCAUCCUUCGUGAAGGUAUGGGCUACGACAUCGGCGCUUCGCAAUGCCUAGUCGCACCACCCUACGGCUUUGCCGGUAUCGUCAUGUUCGCUGGUGCAUGGGUAGGAGACAAGUACCGUGUGCGAGGAGCCAUUGUUGCAUUCAACGCUUUGCUAUGCAUCCUUGGCCUGCCUAUGAUGGGAUUUGCGACGGGAAAUGCCACUCGCUACACAGGCGUGUUUUUCGCCGUGGCCGGAUCGAAUGCAAAUAUCCCGGCAACAAUGGCAUACCAAGCUAACAACAUUCGAGGACAAUGGACUCGUGCGCUGUCCAGUGCCACGCUGGUCGGGUUUGGGGGUAUUGGUGGGAUUGUGAGUAGUGUAGCAUUUCGGUCGCAGGAUGCGCCGGAGUAUAGGCCGGGGAUGUGGACGACCAUUGCAUGCAAUCUCUUGAUCCUGGCCAUUGUCCCGGCUCUCAGCGUGUGGUUCCGGUAUUGUAAUAAGCAAGCAGACUGUGGUAAGCGGGUUAUUGAAGGGGCACCAGACUUUCGAUAUACUAUAUAGGGCUGGGAUAGAUUGGACCGUGCAUCGAGCACAGUUGUUCUAUGCUGCAGAAUAGGAAGACCACCAUAUGCCAAUAUAAGCCUUUUAGAAAACCGGUUCCCUCGCGUUAGUUUCCUUCUCUUAUUGCUUGCCAGAGUACUCUGUACCUACGAGCGCAUGAUCUAACGCGUUAAAUUAAUAUAAGCUUGUGCAAUGCGGUUUCCAUUACUUUGGACCUCCCACCGCAGUGAGCGAAUAUAUCCACGGGUAGACCAAUGUAGCGAUGGUCACUCUAUUCGAUGUACCCUAGAUACUCCAUACCCCGGAAUGACGACUUGUGAGAUAUCCCUAUUCCGAUCUUCUGGCCUUGAAUACUUGUAAACCGACGAGCUGCAAAAGCACGCACCGUGCGACGUGACAGUUCGUUUCUGCGAUAAGGAUUUGCGCUCAGCUGCUGCAGGAAGCUGCAUAACCUGCAGAUGGUCUAUGUAUUUGUAUACAAACGGAGUACUAUGUAUGA